UAAUUCACUUGAUUUCAAAAACAUUUUUCUGGUGAAGAUUAUAUUUUGUUGGCAAGUUUUGGCAACGUGAACCUGGACGUCUUACUUGAAUUUCAGCGUUUUACAUAUAUGUGAUGGCAGAGAGCUUUUUAUACAGGGAAGGUGAUCUGACUGGUGUCUCAUCAUCAGAGAGAAAUGGUCAUCAUUCCAGUAAGUUUGAUACUCUUCUGCGCCAAAAAUGGGAUCAAGCGAUGAAAGAUGGUCAUUUCCGAUAUCAACUUGACAAAGUAGAGACUAAAAUUAUUCCAGGAAAAAAGAAAUAUGUUGCACAGUUGAAUGUGAAAAGAGCCACAGAAAGAAGGAAACCACAGGAAAUCACAAUUGUCAACCAAAAGUUUGACCCAAAACAGUUCAACUUCACCAAGAUCAAAUCAGAGGAAGUUUUAUUUGAACUUGAAAAAGAGGAAACAAAUGUAUUAUGUAAUGGAGAAACCAAAAAGAGACGUACUCUGGUGAUAAUCAACGUGAGCCCUCUGGAGUAUGGACAUAUCCUUAUUGUUCCUGACUGUGACGCUUUUUACCCUCAAAUUCUCACUCAGUUUGCCAUUAAAACAGGACUAGAGUGUAUGUUGCUGAGCAGUCAUAGAGGAUUCAAAGUUGGAUUUAACAGUUUGUGUGCUUUUGCUUCUGUCAAUCAUCUACACCUUCAUGCUUACUACCUAGAGUAUGAUUUAUUUGUGGAAAAUUGUCCUGUGACACAUAUAAAGGGACCUCUAUAUGAGCUGAAUGCCAUGCCAUGUCCAGGGUUUGCCUUUCAGCUUUACAAAAAUACCACAGAAGAUUUAUCUAGAGAUAUUUAUAAAGUCACCCAGUACCUAUCUGACCAUGAGAUUGCCCACAACAUGUUUCUGACAUACGGGGAAAGUUUCGAUUCCCAGUCCCCUGAACCUACAGUAAGGGUUUAUCUGUGGCCACGCAAAAAGUUCAUAGGCAUAAAAGAAGAGGCUGCUUUUAAUGUAGCUGUUGUUGAAUUGGGAGGACAUCUACCAAUCAAGGUUGAGGAGCUCUAUGGAGGACUGACAGAAGAUUCUAUCAAUGAAACCAUAGAAACAGCCAAGCUGGAGGACCAGGAAUAUCAGUCGAUAAAAGACGAUGUCGCACAAUUGUUCAGUUGAUGUUUGUGACUCUAGGGAUUCUAUGACUUUUUACUGAAUAUUUAUUUUCUUAUAAAGGUUUUUAAUUAUUUUUGAACAAAUAUACAUAUUUAACUAUGUCACACCAUGACAUGAAUUUUUCCAGUAUUUUAUUUUAAUCCAAUAUCAUUAUAUAUUGAUAUACUGUUAUAUAUUGUAUUCAAUGAACUGAAAUCUAUAUGGGACCAAUAUAUCCGUUUGAAAUUUUUUUCCCCAAUCUACUCAUUUUAUCUACUUCAAGUUUUAAAAAUGUGGUUCAUAAUAAAGGAUGCAGAAAAUAUUUAGUUAUUCAGUAUUCAAAAAAAUGAUUAAAAUAUGAUGCAAUGGCAAAUAUUGUUCCAUUUCAUUCAAAAUACAUGUACAUAGACUUAAGCAAGGAUCAUGAUUAAUAAGUACAUGUAUGUGCAAAAUUACUUAAGUAAGAAUCUCAGUGUUAACUAAUAAUGCUUGUUUGUGAGAUUUUUUUUUUUUUUUUUUUACAAGUGAUCAAUCCAGUGCAUAUUUGCUUUUGUCAAUUACAGGGUAUGUAACCAUUUUACAAAAGAUUUUUCCAUUACAUGUACAUGUAUAUUUUUGUUUUACUGUUUUGUAUUUUCUGCUAACAUAUCAUUUGUUAUGGUUUUACACUUUAUCAAAUGUAAAAAGAAAGACAUUAAAUAUUUUGUCUCAAAAGUGUUAGUAAUAUCCUUAUACAACUGUACAUGGGAGAAAGUGAUACAGAACUUUAAUAAUAUCAUUGAGACUUGACUUGUUGAUUAUUCACAACAUCAACAGUCGUCAGAAAAGUCUACUUGACUGUUCUUGAUGUACUUUAAUAAUUUUAAAUAU